AUGUCAGGGAACACCUCGGAGUCGGAAGAAGAAGUUCACAAGCACUUGCCUCUGAAUAGAGAGGAGGUUGCUGUUCUGGAGUCCCACCUGGAGCAAUGGGACAACACUUCGGGUAAAGACAGAAACAAGGUCUGGAAGGACACCACUACAGAGGCUCGGCUGAAGGCACCCAAGAUGGAUGCUGCCAAGCUGAGGUCAAGAAAGACUAUCUACCGGAAAUGGUUACAGAACCACGGUGAAAAGAAGGAUAUGAAAGCCCCUAUCAAUCUCGGAAGAAAGUGGACAUACCAGACGGUGGUUGGCGCUCUCCGGAAGAAGGAGCUUCUGAAGAAGAUUGAGGAUGACACUGGUGUGAAGGCUGGGGAAAAGGAUAUGAUGAAGUAUUAUUCUAAGUAUUUCGGGGACAUGGUGAAUUCUCUCACCAAGAUGGAGGUGGAGGAAGCUACCGAAAAGGCUGUAGAGUGGAACAAACAGGGAGUUCCUCCCAAUGUUCAAGCGGAUACGGCGAGACGAAAGAGCGAGGACAUUCUGCGACAUGUCGCUGCCGAGAUGUUCAAAAAGGCAGGAAUGCGGCUGUUCAUACUGUCGGCUUGGAAAGGGGAAGAAGGAAAACUAAUGGUCUCAAGCCACGACUUCAACAGAGAAAUUGGUAAUGGAGAAAGUAGUUUUACUGACACUCACAACUGGAAGGAUAUAGUGCCAGAAUGGAAGUCUUAUGCGUCCAAACAGUUUGACAAGGAAGUAGACUCUGACGAUACCCUGGUGAAAAAAGGCAGAAAAGACAAGACAUACGUCCUGAAGAUAGGGGAUGAUGGGUUUCCUGUCCUUCUGGACCAUACACAGAUGGAUUCAGACACCCGGAAGGCAGUCGUCCGAGCCUUCUUGAAUUGGCAUUAUCAGGAUUGCACGGGACGGCCGAAAGAGGUGGUGCCAUGGAAGGAAGUAAUACCGAGGCAGGAGGAGCUUAUCCCACCGCUGUAUCUUCCCGAUGGAAGAAAACUUCAGGAGCCCUCUCGGAUGAACAGACAAGAGGCCACCGAGUUGUUGGAAUUCUGGUACGACCAACAGGAGCACGGCCGAGAUGCGACAUUUGAGUUCCACGGGUGGUGGAGUAAAUCUGACAAGGAAAUCAAACCUUCCGUAAGAUGGCCUAAGGAGUAUCAUGAAGAUUGUGAGGAUGAAGAGCUGUCGAAACCGGUCAGGAGGUUUGCAGAAUGGGCGGUCAUCCAAUCAGAUAGUUCGGGCGAUGACAACAACACACCUCGGACAUGGACACACACGGCUGAACAUAGGAAUAGGCAGCCGAUCAUAAAGUCCCGAGGUAAAACAAAACCCGGGAAGGCUUCUGGAUCAUCAAACACUCGUCAAGAAUCCGCACGGGAGUUUGUUGGAGGGGAUGUGGUAUCCAAUAUCACAACCAGACAGCCAGCAAAAACGCGCCUAGCACAAUCGACUGCAUUGCAUAGUGUCUCAGAAGCUGUGGACGUAACACUGGGAGUGGGAGUGCCAGAGCCAUCAGCUUCCCAAGAACCACCGACGCCUUUAGACAAUCCUCAGAGGGUAGGACCGGUGUCUUGUCCUGGGGGAAAAUUAUGGAAGAAUUUAGCCGAGUGCUCGGACGAUGUUGACAAGGAAGCUGUUUCCAAACAUACUGCCGAUAAACCAGAGCGCGGGAGGCAACAUGGUCCCAAAGACGGGCUAGAACAACCGAAGGAGAAAAGAGUUCGGUUGAACACAAAAGGCCAUAAACGUCCUGCCAAGGAUGCAUUACAGGACUCGCCCGCAAAACGCACAAGAAGCAAGGCAACGGAUCUCCCACCCAAACGAUCCAAGAAGCCGAACUCCAGAUAUGCAGCAAACUUCAUCAGGUCAUAA